GCAACUUCGACAGGUAGUGUUUGACAACAGCAAGGGCACUUAAACAUUGUCAAGCCAUCUCGAAUCUUUGGGGGCUUGGGAUAUUGUGCCACAGCUGCCAAUGUGGCAAUAGACGACAUGGUCAAUUGCGACGAUGGCAUCCUUUCCCUUUCGGUACUCGGGCUGCUUUCCGGGCCAGGCGCUGAACUUCCGGUAAUAGUCGCUUCCGCGGGGCCAGGAGACUUGAUUUCUGGGGAAUCCUGCUGUUUUUUUGUAUCCACUUGUUCAUACUCUGUUGCUUCUGUAUCAUCUUCAAGCUUCCAUUUCUCCUUUUUGUCCUGUUCAGCCGCUUCAGGGAGGGUGAAUUCUCCAAUGUGUUUCUGAGCCUGCAGAAAACGGUUUCUCCGUCGAAGGUUUGUCUGCAAGAGACGUUCUUGAGCACUUGACAAAUAGGCUGACUGCAACUCCAGUACACGUUCCUCUGUUGUCAAUUUCUUGAGCCUGGUCAGGGAUCCUUCAUCUCUCUCUCUCGCACCAAGCUGGC